AUGGAACCACAAAUUUUAAAUGUAUGUGAUUGUAAAAAUAAAGCUUGUUCUGCUGACUAUUCAAACUUAAAAAUUGUAUCAAACAAUGCUGAAGUUUUAAACAAUCUCCAACAAAAAUGUGGUCCAGACUCAGCUGUUUUAGUUAAAAAUAAACAAUCAAAACAAGUUUAUUUAAAAGCUACCGAAAUUGAUAAUAUUUCAUUUGAAACUUUCCCAGUCACUGUUUAUUCAAAGUUAAUCAAAACUCAAUGUGAAUGUUCCUCUGAUGUUCAAACCUUAAAAGGUUUUGUAGGUGAAAAUUUCAAAGCUACCAAUGAUCUCAAAGAUCAAAUUGAUGAUGUCAUUAGUUUAAUGGAUAAUUCAUUUGAUGUUACUUCACUUUACAAGUAUACUAUUCCAAUUACUACUGAUGAGCCACAAAAAUGGCAUGUUCAAUUAUGUGAUGGAGAUCACUAUAUUUAUCAAACAAUUUUAGUUUAUGCAUUCAGAACUAAAAAAGGAAAUGCUCUUUUAACCUCUUUCAAAAACCUUAAUUCAGGUAUUACUUAUUACGAUUCAGGUAUUUUCACCUAUUUCUUUGCUCCAGUUUAUCGUAAUGAUUGUAAUACUCUUUCAAGAGAUGCUUGUUGGAAACCAGCUGAUUAUAGCAAAUUAAUUGGAACUCUUAUUCAACCAGGAGGUUACCUUGAAAACUUAUGCUGUUCACAUGGUGUUACCACUCCAACAAAUUUCGGUAUUACUGCUACUUCAGUUGGUGGUCCUUAUGCUUUUGGUACAUUAAAAAUCAAUGAUUUAGUACUUCAUUCAAACAGUAGAGGUCUAAAUACUUUUGCUUUUUCACCAAACAAUUUAUAUGAUGUUAAACUCAAUGCUUCCGAUUUAUUUGUCGAUGGAAAAAAUACCAACUCCUCCCAAGUUUUUAUUAAUCGUUUCAAUGAUUUAAAACAAACUGUUGGUUCUUAUAUUGUUGUAAUUGCUGUUGAUGAUACUUUUACCAAUAUGACACCAGAACUUUUAUCUUUUAUGAGCCAAAACGGUAUCUCUGUGCAAUACAGAAGUUCAUAUGUUUUAAUCUUUAAAGUUAUUGCUGCUGGUCAAGUUCAAUUACUUAAGAAUGCCCAAAAUGUUAAUCAAAGUAGUACUUCUUCAACAAGUAUUACAAUAAAAUUAUAA